AUGGCGAACUCGAAGCAGGUCGUCAAACUCCCCCGAUUCCUCGUCCAGCCCAUAACGUGGAAUGCAUCUUCCUCCAUUGGAAACCCACAAGCUGUGACGGUUGCAUCGUCUCCCGGCCUUUCUCUGCACCUAUUUGCCCCAAAACAGAAACCACUCAAAGUCCCCAACCGGCCAUUACAUACUUCGCCAGCGAUUCCGCGACACUCCCGAUCCUCCCCCCUUUCCUCUCGCUCAUAUCUUACCUCCAUCGCCAGGACACCCCCUUCCUCGACAAAUAUUCCCAGCGAUGUCAACUCCGCUUCAAUAAGACAUAAUGGCGUGUAUGUGGCGGUAUUCAAACCUGCCCGCCGCGCAUUCCACAGUACACCUGCCAACUGUCGGGAUCACCAUUUCGACACGCUCAAAAUCGUCCAGCGACUCAAAGGCGAGGGCUUUAGCGAGGAGCAGGCAGUGGCAUUGAUGAGGGUGCUGAAUGAUGUGAUCGAAGAGUCCAUUCAGAAUUUGACACGCACUAUGGUUCUGAGAGAGGAUUCCGAGCGAUCCACUUAUACCCAAAAAGUCGACUUCGCCAAACUCCGCUCCGAACUGUUAAACUCCGACUCCACCGAAUCACAAUUAACCCGAGCCUCCCACGACCGCAUCGCGGGGGACAUCCAAAAACUGAACUCACGCCUCCGUGACGAAAUAGGGCGCACACAGGCCUCUGUGAGACUAGAUUUGAACCUGGAAAAAGGCAGGAUCCGCGAAGAGGCAAACGGACAGGAGAUGAGAAUCAAGGAGACGGAAACGAGAAUCGAGCAAGAAGUUGCCGGCCUUCGCGAGAGGGUGGAGGCGGUUAAGUUUUCGACUCUGCAAUGGUUGAUGGGUGUCUGCACGGGUACAGCUGCUCUGAUUCUUGGUGCUUGGCGCCUGUUGAUGUGA